AUGAUUGAUAUGGAAACCAGUUUGUACCAAUGCUUCUCAAGCCUCCUAACUUGGAGAGAAACUUGCUCUACAGUGCCUAGCUCAACUGCUUAUGGCAUCAAAGAAGCUUUGAAACUGAUUUAUGGCGAUCGAGUUCAUAUAAUAGGCCCCGAUAUUUCAAAUGGAAAAUCUCCCGCCAUCGAAGAUGAAACAUCAGGUGUCUUAUUUUACAUCUCAGCUAUAAAUCAAUCACUUAAGAGUGAUAGAUAUGCUCUUAAAAAGCCACUUGUUGCAUUUUGGGAAUCAAAAAUCCUCAGCCAAUCUUCAGAAUCAAAUUCAUUAUGGCAGAUGAUGGUGAUUCUUCCAAAAAGCCACAGACUUAUUCAUGGAAAUGCUCUCGAAAGAGCUUCAGAAACUGCAUUUUUUAUAGACUCGUUCGGGUUAGGUUUGCAAAUACCGAAACUUAUGAAAUAUUUGAUACAAAGAGAAAUCGAGGUUAGGAUUUCUGGAGAGAAUAGCGCUCCUUUGAAAUUUGGGGGCUUCUUUACUAAUGUAAAUAUUGAAGAAAAAAGUCUUAAGCUUCAUGAGCAUCCUCAUGAAAGUGGGCUGUGGACUGUUUUCAAUGCAAUUAUGCUGAUUUCAAGUGGAAACGGUGACUUUUUAGAGCCCUUUGGUAAGUUUGACCCGAGUGCUAUUCUAGAUGAGCACAAUAUCAAAUUAGACAUAAGUCAAAAUGGCCUCUUCCUCAGCCGAAUUAUAGCUCAAAUGAAAUUGAAUUUAUGAAUAAGGAAAUCAGUAGUGCAAUGAUUUAUGAAAUCUCACACUGGGGAUUUAGAAUUAUUAAAAGUCAGGCGCUAGCCAUAUUGGUGACGCAGUCACCAAAGACCUCCCAUACGGGAGAUUCUACCGCUUUUCGACUCCAGCCCAGAGGAUCUAUCCCUCUUACGAGUGCCCUUCUGGUACCUUCUGUUUCCUCCUUGUCUUGAGGCUUCAGUCUUGAGUGCUUAUGGAAUUCUGCCGCCCUGCUACGGGUGAUUAGAGUAGUUUGGUUCCAUGGAUCAGCUCCUUAGAGUCUAUCGGGUGUUGAAGUGCCUUUAUUCGACAGCUGCAAUUAAAAGAUGUUUUCCUGUGGCCUAGGCCGAAACCCCGAGUUUCUCGGCAGAGGAUACCCAUGGGUCCUCGGAUCCAAAGAACCUUGUUGAGCACCUCCAUUUCCAACCACAGGAAAAACAGCCUAAACCUACUCGGAUACACACCUCUUGAGCCUACGCUUGAUUCUCAGCUCGGAGUCCAUCCCAAUUGUCGUAGCCAUAAGGUCUGGACUACUUCUCCAAGAGGGCAAUUUGACACAUGUCACCAUUUUAAUGUAUAUAUCUCACACUGGGGAGUGCUUGAAAAAGAAAUAG